GUGAGAUUGCUUGAGUUCCUCCGGAGCAAGGCGCAAAGUUUACCUUGGUUUCUGUUAUUGUUUCCUGGUGCCGAGAAGGAACAUUAGCAUUUCCGUGCAGAAUUAUUUAAUGACAUGACAGUACAUUAAAAGAGUGUUCUACGAUUUCAGCAUUUAUGGCCAAAUGAUGCCAAUAAACUCGUAAAUUGACAACAAUUACAGAAUUUGGAAAAAUACGCAGAUGAAACUUUAAAAAUUGCUACAAUGGAGCCUCCAUUUGUCGAAGAUGACAUCUGCAUCCUGAAGCAUGAAACGGCAGACAGCUUGUUGGAGCUAUCAAAGGAGAGCCCUUUUUCCAUGAGUUCAGGGGAUGAGUCUGUCGCUUCCCACUUUGCGCUUGUCACUGCCUAUGAAGACAUAAAAAAACGGCUGAGGGAGGCAGAAAAAGAAAACUCACUCUUAAAGAGACGAGUCAAGCAACUGGAAGAAAAGAAUCAGAACUGGUGUGUUCAGCCAGGUGAACUAACUGCAGAAGUACCCAAGUACGUUAAUAAAGCCUUUAAUGCUUUUCGUGGAAUCUACAUCGAGAAGAAAGAUUUGCAAGUGGAACUGGAUAAAAUGAAAAAUGAGAUGCGUGAAUCUGAGAAGCAUCUGACUGAACAGCUGCAAGCUAAAGAACUAGAGCUUCUCCAACUAAAAACUGAAGUGGAGACCAAUCAAGUUAUGAAAAAGCUGACCCCCACCAAUGAUUAUUGGGAGCUGUACAAAGUGAACAACGAGCUGAAGCUACACUCCUUGCAACAAGAGCUAGAUAUCCUCAAAACUGAAUACAACAAACUCAGGGAAAAAUAUAAGGACCAGGUUAAUAACAAACCUGUAUUUACACAAGGAUCAGGAUAUCAUAGCGGGGACACUUCUCUACUGCAGGCUUACAGAGACAUCAAAAGAGAGAUGUCUAAUUUAUAUGCAGUGACAAAGUUGCAAGCCGAGGUGGUGAAAAAACUGAGAGACAACUCAAAAAGUGCAGCCUGCAGAGAUUCAUCUGCUGUUCCAAUCCAGUGCAUAGAAGACCUAGAACUUAACAGCAGAAUGGUUAAAAUGACUGCCCCCAGGCCAACACACAAUAACCCCUGUGGUUCCUUUAAUGGCCCCAUGUUCAGCCAUGCCACAGCACCUCUUAUUCCAACAGAGGCCACAGGCUUAUCUGAUGAUCCUUCCAAACACUGUUGGACAGCUGAGAGGCCGAGUCCUGUUGGCAGCGCUGCCUUGCAAGAACACCCCUCGUACGGACACACUUCUUUAGAUGAAAACUCCUGGUCGUUUCCCAGCCCUCCAAAACCUAGUGAUGCAUUGUUUUGGGAAAAUGUAAACACCCUUUCUUCCUCCAGCAAUCCAGUUACCUGCCCAACGAACCAGGAUCGAGGGUGGCUUAGACCUUAUUGAUUUUUAAUUGCUUUAUCCACUAUCUCAACCUUGUGCAACAGAACUUUUCUACUAAUAUUACAAAUCUGCCUUAAAUGUAACAGCUUCAGCUAUUUUGGUUAUAUAAUGUAAAUAAGGUAAUGCAUUAUGUUCUAGAAUUGGUUUGGAUUCCAUGCGUUAAUACUGUUACCACGUUAACACUUGUUAUUAGCUAAAGAAUUGAUGAUACUGUGGGUUCCUAAUAAGUCGCUUUUCAUACACCUUGUAGAUCUUGGAUUCAGAUAUAAAGUUUGUUGAAGUUAGUGACUGUGAAAUGGUGUUCCAUAUAAAAACCCACUACCCAUCUGGAGCAGAUAAGCAUUUUCAGUUAUUACCAAGCACAUACAGCACUGUGAAAGAGAGUGUUAUUAAGUAAUACUAGAGUGGUGUAACAAACACAUUAAAAAGUUGUUUCUUGGGUGAAAAUGUCAACCAAACAAAUUACUCUUAAGUAAUUUGUCAAAUGUGGGUUUACAAUUCUGUUAGUAUGGUGACAUAUAAAGAGUGCAUUUUCUUUGAAAGUGUGCAACACAGAAUAAACAGGCUAUUUCAGUUUAUACAACAACCAGACACUGCUCUCUUGUUUUUUUUUUUUUUAGCUAUUCUGUUAUUACUGAAUAAGAGAGGUAAAUACAGCACUGCUUAAAGGUGCCAAUAAUUACUGACACCACUGCUUACUGAUUAUUAUUAUUUAUUAUUUGUUUAUUUAGCAGACGCCUUUAUCCAAGGCGACUUAGCCCACCGCACACAGCCCGACUGAAGCCGUCCCUACUCAUCUCAUCUCAACUGGCCGUACAGAGUUUGGAUGAAUCGUAUCAGUGUGCGUGCCCUUAAAUCCAAGAUUAUGCAGAUUUCAGUCGGGAUGUCUUCAGAUUUGAAGAUUGAACAUGUUGAAUCUUUUUCAGACGCACUUUCGUUCAAAUAUGAUCAGUCUGUCUGUGUGCAGCGGUUGCCGACCAAGACUGACUGAGACCGAUUAGUCAUAAGGGUGUCAACCAAUGGUGAAGCAGGUUUGAGUGACGUAGCUUGUCAUGUAACUUGUCACAAGAUGGCGGAAUAUUGACAGCUUUAGUUCCACAGGUGAAAAUACAUUAGUCUUGAAUGGCUCUGAGUGUCCUGAAUUCAAAAAUACCAGAUAUGUGCACAUUUGAAUAGGUUUUUUUUAGGUGUUUAGUAAUCAAAGGUAAAUUAUCAAUUUACCUUUUUAUUAUCAAUCUACUGGCAGCCUAUAUUUUCUUACUGCGCUAAAACAGAAGUAACCGGUGUGGCAAUCUCCAAUAGGUCACAAAUCACAAGCCCCUAGAUCCACACGCUGAGAAAAAAAACUGCCAAAGUCAAAUAAAAAAAAUCAACAGGUUGGAUUUUAUUUACCACAGGCUAAAGUGUAGUAGACAAGCUAUACAAAAAGUCAAACACUGCCUAAAACGUUUGCACGGUGUAAAUGGUCAAUUAAUUAAUAGGCUAAGCGAUUAUUUUGGUUGCUUCACAGCGCUGUCUCCGCCAUCUAAUCAGCAUACGAUGCCAUGCAUAAUAUGAGGGCCACUAUGUUGGGCUAAGUUAAUACAAAAAUGUGUACAGGGCAGUAUUAAUUAAAUCUGCAUACAUAGUAAUCACCAGGAUCUAGUUGUGGUCCGUCUAAUUCAGUCUUAGCAGUGUGCGACACCCAGUCGGGAAAAACUCAAUUGUGACGUCAAACCAAAACUGAGCACAACUGAUCGCAGAAUCUGUGCAUACUCAGAUGAGAUGAGUCGGGACGGCUUGAGUCGGGCUGUGUGCAGCGGGCUUUACAGAGACUAGGGUGUGUGAACUAUGCAUCAGCUGCAGAGUUACUUACAACUACGUCUCACCCGAAAGUCGGAGCACAAGGAGGUUAAGUGACUAAACCCUGUUCUAAAAAUAUUAACACUUUCAGUGGACUACAAAGAUAAUUUAAGACCAACAAAGGUUUAAAAAAAAGUUGUAGUACCAUAGAUCAUUAAUUGCUGUGGUGUUUUCUGCGAUAAUAAUGGAACCCUCUUGUUCAAAUAUUUUAUUGACUGGCAUUCAAUUACGACCUCAUAACAUACCACAGCAAAGCCGUGACCCCUUAAAUAGUUGCUGAUGGCCCAUACAACAUUGUUUGGACUGUGCAAUGUUUAUUCCAGGUUGCACUAUACCUUCAGUGACUUUUGUGGUUCCACUGUUGAAUCUGAAUCAUACACCUGAAGCAUGCCUUUUCACAGAUUAAUUGUAAUCAAAACCACGUUGUCUUUCUGUAUAAAAGUAUCCAUAGCUGCUGCUACAAACUGCUUGUAAGCCCAAUUAAGAUAGUUGCUCGUAUAAAUAUGGUGUUUAUAUCCUCAGUACAUUAAUGUGCACUUUGCAUUCCGUUACCCUUUUGGUGUAAUCAUAUAUCUUUAGGAGUAGAGAUUUGUGUGUAAGUCUAGAUCAUAUGGAUGAUUUGGGCUUAUUUUUCAGUGCGUGGAAUUAAUACAAUGACAUACCACUUCAAGACCUCCUAAAAAAGUGUUUUUCUAUUUUCAGAAUGAAGACCACACAUUAAUUCAUAUUGCUGUAGUUUUAAUCUUCCACAGGUAAAUGUUUUGUUUGUUUGUUUUUUUAAACUGGAAGAGAGUCACACAUUGGUACACUUGGGCAAGGUCUCUUAGGUUUGAUUGUAUUAUUUCUUAUUAUGUGAUUAUGUCUGUAUCCAGAGUAUGCAAAAGAAAUAUGAUUAACUUUUGGAACCCUUCUUGUUUAUUAGUGUCCCUAUAUAAUAUGAGAUGUCCCUAAAAGAGCAUGAAGCAUCAAGGGCUUUUAAAACUACCAACUUUUGCUCAGUUCAUUUAAACAGCAACAAUAAAAGAAGCAUCUUUUUAAUUAUUACAGGAUGUUUUUGAAUUAAUAUAUACAAUAUUACAAAACUGUUUAUUUCUUUGGUGACUUGUAAAAUGAAAAUGAUCUGUAUAAUAAUUUUAAACCAAAAACAUUGAUGUAAAUAGUAUGCUUUUGUGUUAAAACAAUAGUUUGUAUUUGGACCUGCUUUAGUUGUGUUUUUUUUUUAAUUUAUUAGCAAUGGAGUUGAAAGAAAUAAAGCAAAGAGUGAAA